CAGGGCAGGGCGCGGCGAUGGCGGCGGGUCCGCGCUGGCGCGAGCGGCUCUUCGCCCUGUACUUCCUCACACACAUCCCGGUCACGCUGCUGAUCGACCUGCAGGCGCUGCUGCCCGCCGGCCUCCACCCGCAGGGCCUGACAGAGUUGUUACAGUGGUACGUGACCACCUUUAGAGACCCCCUGAUGCUCCAGCCCCCAGAGUGGUUCAAGGCGUUUAUAUAUUGCGAAGCCUUCUUACAAUUGCCUUUCUUCCCCGUUGCAGGAUACGCCUUCUUGAAAGGCGGCUGCAGGUGGAUAAGGACUCCCGCAAUCAUCUACUCCACCCACGUGGCUACAACAUUGUUUGCCAUCCUCGCGCAUGUCCUGUUCCACGAUUUCUCAAAGUCCGAGCAUUUGGGACCCCAGACGUUACGCGAGCGCCUGAUUCUGCUGUCUGUAUACGUGCCGUACUUGGUGAUACCGCUUCUGAUCCUCUUCACCAUGCUCCACAGCCCCCACUACAGCCACGUGGAGAAAAGGAAAAGGAAGUAGCCCACCGUAGAGGCUGUAGGCACAACACUCACACUGGUUCUGGUUCAGACCCUCCGGCACAAACGUCUGUCUUAUGUUGUUGGCUGCAACAGCUGUUGCCAGAGAAUCUGGCUCCCGCAGGAAAAAUUGAAUUGUUUGAGUUUACAGCUCUCCUUCAAUCAGAAAGGGCUUUGGGAGGCGCCUGCAUAGUGAUGCCGUGGGGUUUCUGGGCUUGGGACCCUGCUCCCCUCCCGCUGGCCGUUCUGGGCGGUACGUCUGUCAUCGGGAAACGAACUUUGAACCAUUUGACGUGUAACUGUGCGACGGGGGGAACUGCAGCUGAUGUUUUUCUUUCAAGUUCUUUUUUUCCAAGGUGACUGUUAGAAAACCACUUAAGAAUUUUGUCUUCCAAGAGAUAUUCUGCAAAAUCCCUGACUGAUUAUAUACAGAUUUGCAAAGCUAUGCUUUUGAAGCAUUUCAAAUCAUAUAAUCACUCUUAACUUCCUCCUUCCUUUAAAACUUCACCUUCCUUUGCUCUGCUUCAAUUUUGAUUAAUUGCCUGAUCAGUGGUGAAUGUUGCAAAAUCUGGAUCUCUGAAUGCCUGAAGUAAAAUUUGCCAGUAAGCAACUUCCUACAUGAUUGUGAAACACUGCAGAAAUUCUAACCAAGGAUUUGUAAAUUGCUCUCUUCCAUGAAAUCACUUCUGGUAUGGAAAUAAAUAACUAAAUGCA